CAUGCGACCAACAAACAUUCGCCGGACGGAAAUAUAAAGUGCAAAGUGACAUGCUGGACGCGUAAGGAUUACCGUCCAGGACUUGAUGGCGUCAAGCCAGAAAGCAGCCCGAGUGGGCGAGGAGAUCUGGAAGACACGGGUCGAUAAAGUCAAUGCUGAACUGGUUACUCUCACAUACGGCACUAUCGUGGCUCAGCUUUGUACCGAUUAUGAAUAUGAUUAUGCUCAGGUCAAUCAACAGCUCGACAAGAUGGGCUACAACAUCGGCAUGCGUCUUAUCGAGGAUUUUCUGGCAAAAUCCAAUACUGGUCGUUGUGGCAAUUUCAGGGAUACCGCAGAAAUGAUAUCGAAGGUCGGCUUCAAGAUCUUCCUCAAUAUUACGCCAACUGUUACGAAUUGGACUGCAGACAACAAACAAUUCUCCUUACUAUUCGAUGAGAACCCCUUGGCUGAUUUUGUGGAACUUCCUGACGACGGACGAGCCCAAGAUCAGUUAUGGUUCUCCAAUAUCCUUUGUGGCGUGCUCCGUGGUGCGCUGGAGAUGGUUCAAAUGUCCAUCGAGGCACAUUUUGUGAGCGACGUCUUGCGUGGAAACGAUGUGACAGAAAUGCGCGUCACACUGAUCCGCUACAUCGAAGACGAGAUGCCUCCUGAUGACGAAUGAUACGCCUCAAACACAGAGUACAUAGUACUUUCUCUGUCACAGAUCCAGCCCUCCUUGUGUCGUGAGCGCGAACUAGCCCACUCAGUGCGGGGUCACGUGCCGAAGCCCCCUUUUCGCGGGCGGAUGAGUGCUAUAGCAAUCAAUAAAUGCCAGAGGAUGCUUCUACCCCUGAAGCAGUUUCAGCAGCACACCAGGGGCAGGGGCAAGCGCAUUCUGGAAGCAGGUGGAAGAUAUUGAGCCGAUCAAACAGUCGAACUGCGACUCUCCGGGUCAAAUGCGACCACCGAACUGUUGUUAAUUGGGAGCAUUAUUUUCAUAGCUUUCUACAUUCUGUAUGCUGGAGGUGAGGUUGUCGCGUUCGUGCCGAGCAACCCCACCAUUGGAAGCCCCUAUUCAGGGCAAGCGUGCUGUCCUCUACGCGGGGCAGGGCCGUAGGGCUGAAGAAACGUGAAUUAUGAGUGGCUGGUCGGUGGUCAGAUUGCCCUGUUGUCUCG